AUGUCUCAGUCUAGGAAGAGGAGAGAUGAUGAAGAUGUUUGUUUUGCUUGCUUCGAUGGUGGUACUCUUCCUCUCUGCGAUCACAUGGGUUGUCCAAAGGUGUAUCAUCCAGCUUGUUUUAAGCGUACUUAUGCAUUCUUCAGACCAAGAGCUAAAUGGAAUUGUGGUAAGUUAUUUUGA